AUGGCAAUGUACUUCAAUACUAACAUUUUCCUUUUGGCUUUCUUUGCCAUUGCUGUGAUUCUGUUCUCUGAUAACAACAACAACAUGGUUGUUGGCCAUGGCAAAAGUUGCCAAGCUGAGUACUUGCAGGGUUUGAUAUCACAAUGCACUGAUCACCUUAAAAAGAAUGUGCCAAAGACAAAUCCAUCUGCACAUUGCUGCGCUGUUGUCAGUAAGGUCGACCUUCCAUGCCUAAGCAAGCAAUUGCCCAAGGAGAUUUUGGAGACGAUUGACAUGGACAAAGUGGACUUUUUAACAAAGUCCUGUUGCAGGCCCAGCCAUGGCCCUGGUCCAGGCCCGGCCCGGGACUAA